UGCCCAGUUUUUGAGAAUCCGACUCCGUCUCUCAUUCCUGUGGGUUACGAAACCUCCAUCGAGUUCACUGGAAAAAACCUCCGUGUUUAUGAGGGCAGAGAUUCAAGAUUGGCACCGAGCUGAUGGUGCCCACUGAGGAAAUGGUCACUAUAAAAGAUUCAAACUACAGUUUAAAGGGAUGCAAGGACCAGUUUGCCUAUGAUGAAACACGAACAGUUGACGUGCUCUUCUACAUCAAGGACAGAAAGACACAUAAGAAGAUUGACAGCAAACUAAACGUGACGCUAUACAAUUGUGCUGUGGGCCGUGAGGACUGCAGCCUGUGCAAGAGUGCAGACCCCAUGUACAGUUGUGUGUGGUGCGAUAAAACCAAGUCCUGCGAGUAUCGGAAAAGGUGUCCCGAGUGGUGAGCGGAGGAGGGACUGUCCCAACCCUGAAAUCACUGAUGUGAGUUUCUGGAGACGCUGCACCAUGUUUUCUCUGUAUCAUACAAAAAAUAGCACAUUUAUUACCUCCUGUCCUUUUAUCUAUCCAAGCAAAUUAAUAAAUUUCCUUUUGGUCAUAGCUAAAAACUGCCAGAUCUCGUGUCUAACAGUUCACUUGGUGUCUAAUCUCCUACCAUGAAUACUAUUCUAUAUCCGAUUUGUUAACAAAAAAAAAAA